AUGGUUGCAGACUUUAUGGAGACAGAAACUGGUGCUCUAGAAGAUUCUUUGAAUACUCAGGGCGUUUAUAUCUACAGACCAGCAGAUACAGGAAAAUCCCCAAACGACCACCCUUCGAAAAAGCGUAAAGUUACGCGAGAACAAACGACAUCAACAGCAGAUUUGUGUCCAUUUGUGCCGCUUUUUAAUGGGGAUGAAAGCGAAAAGUCCGUCCGAUUGAGGUAUCAAACAUACGAGCAAUUAUGGUCCGUUCAAGAAGCAAAGACCCAGGAUAUUUUAAAUGAUGUCGACGCGGAGGUGCUCAAAAAUGUAUCAACAUUUGUCAGGACAACCACACCUGAGAUGUACGAUGGCUGCCUGCCCGCGGCGCUCCUUACUGUCGGAUCAAACGUGUCCUCGCUAGCCAGGCUUCUUUCUCGGCUGAAUGAUCAAUUAACUUCCGCCAAAGAAGGAGGUGUAGUGGUGCUGGAAUCUGGCGAUGCGCCCAACCUCAAAACAACCUUGAAGAACAUUAUACGUGCUGCUAUUACAAAUACGGAAGGCAACGAUGGUUACCAAAACUUUCUUACAGACCGGGAGGGCCCGAGGCUUCUUGGAUACGAUCUCGACCUCUUAGGUGAAUAUGUCACUCGGAGGAACAUUAAACAUCUUGUUCUUGCCUUUCGAGACAGUGAAGCCUUUGAUCCAGGGAUUUUUACUGACCUCUUCUCUCUACUCGGCUCGUGGCUUGAUCGAAUACCAUUGACCCUCUUGUUCGGCAUCUCAACCUCUGUCGAAUUAUUUGAAGGAAGAUUACCGCGGUCGAGCGUGUCCCUACUAAAGGGGAAAUACUUCGAACUCCAUGGGGCCAGCAACUGCGUUGACCAUAUAUAUGAACGAAUCCAGGCGGAAGGAGGAAAAUUCUGGCUCGGGCGAAAUAUUACAGGGGUGUUAUUCGAGAAGUCAAGUGAUUAUUUCCAGACACCGGAAGCGUUUUGUCGGACAGUAAAGUACGCCUAUAUGUCUCAUUUUUUCGCCAAUCCAAUCUCGGUGCUACUUGCGGACGACAUCCCAGAAGACUUACAAGGCAAACAGCUUUGCGAAGCACUUAGAAAUGUUCCAUCUUUUAGAGAGUACUGUGAAAGCCUCUUGAAAGAUGGCAAUACGAGGGUAGUGCGCGAUUUAUUAGAAGAUGAUAAGUCCUUCUUUCCGCGGGCAAUCCAGCUGGUCAAAUCCGGACAACAGUCGAUGCAUGACCUUUUCCAAGCUGUGAAUUUUAUCUCUGCAUUGCUCAAGAACCUUAAUGUUCUGAAGAAGCCAAGUAUAUCAGAGUUGUCUAUCCGCGCGCUGUCCGGGGAGCUACGGGGCUCAUCCCUACUCGAAGACCUUCUGGCCGCUUUCCGACGACUAGACUCCGGGAAAAUCGAACAAUUGCUCCCCUUGCUGCCGAAGUCUCUAACGGAACUACCCGGCUUUCAAGAUAUUCAUGCGAACUUCGAAUCACUCUCCGAAGCCCAUAAUGGCCCGGAGCCGUUGCGCAGUGAAUAUGACAGCCAAAACUCUGUCAUCGGAACAACAAUAUCCAAACAACGAAUUAAAUUGAACACUGGCAAAACGAAGUUGCCAGAUGAGUGUAUCCAAUACACUGAGAUUAUAGAUCGUUUCCAUACCAUGUUAGGGUCAUAUCUCGAGUCCACCUUGGUAUGCCCGCAGGAACUGCCCCUACAUGAGGCUUUCCUGCUUGAUAUGCGGAGCCCUAUAAGAGAAGUGUUUGCUCCACGUGCCCGAUUCGCCCUAGAACGGGCAUUGUCGCACCCCUUCGACUAUCUUAUGUUUACGUCGCAGGACACAGAACGCAAGAUUUCCGCCCAACAGCCUGCCACAUCAAUUCUCUAUCAGCUGUACCUCGAGUCAGGCGCGCUUGUGAAUAUGCAUGACUUAUGGCAAGCAUUCUAUGCGGUCUUUGAAAGUGAACAGGGUAAUGGCUGCGAUGAAAGAAUGACUAUGGCAUUAUUCUACAGAGCGUUAUCUGAGCUCAGGGCACUUGGAAUGCUUAAACAUAGUCGGAAAAAGAUGGAUCAUGUUGCAAAGUCAGCUUGGAUGGGGCUCUGA